CACAUGUCCCUCUGACCUUAAUGAGUCAACAAAUUUAGAGUAGAUUUUUAGUCUGUCCUACAAUAAUAAGAUUGCAUAUCUGAAAAUUGUUAGAACACAAUCCGUUUCAUUCGAAUACUAUCUUCUAAUUUCUUUUGUUAUGGAAUUAUGAUACCUUUAAAUUCAGAUUUAUCGUUAUUAUCCCUCAGUAAUAAACUUUGUCUAAAUGAAAUCGAUAAUGAAAUGACUAUUCCAGUCGAUUGUCAAAAUGGUAUCUUAGCCACAACAGAAUGUUAUGAUCGUCUUUGUUGGCAAGGUCAGUUACAACUUUCACUACACAUUACAGACAAUUGUAUACGCAUACAAAUUAUUAGAGCUCGUUAUCUUCAAGUACCUGUGGAUGAAGGUUACACUAUGUUUGUAGAAGUUCGAAUAGCACCAAAGUACUCACCUAACACAAAUACUUAUCAACUUCGAACUAAAUCUGUCCCCGAUUGCACUGCACCGGUAUUUAACGAAAAAUUCUCGUUUGAAAUUUCUCAUAUAUCUCAUAAUGACCGAUUAUAUAUUGAGUUAUACUUAAAUCAGUCCAAAUUUGGUUAUGAAAAUGCAAUUUUCCUUGGAGGUAUGUCAUUUAAUAUUCGAAGAUUAAAACAAAAAUCAUUGAAACUAUUAACUGAUUCAGAAGACAAUAACUCUAUGAAUUUGUUCAGAGAAUCAAUAUCACAAGAUUUAGAUUUACAAAAAGCCAAUUUAAAAUGUUACACAUCUGAACAUUUUUCAGUUAGUUUACCUUCAUUAGAAGUAAUUAGUCAAGAUUUUUCUAAAUCACAAUGGUAUUACUUAUUGGGACAAAAUUCUAGUUAUUGUCGUCAUAUGUCCGUAGGUACAAUACCACGUUUCUCUAAAUUGGAUACACAAGAAGAAAUCUCAUCUAUAGGAUCAUUUAAAUCGGGAUCUAAUUCAAUACCAUCUACAAUCACUAAUGUGAUGGUCAAAUCUGAAAGUUUCUCUACAUUAUCUUCUUUAAAUUUAAAUGAGAACCGAAAUUUACCAUCAUUACCAGGUUUCACCAGAAAGAAGAUCACAAUUCCCAAAUCGGAAUCAGGUUACGGUUUUACCCUAACAUGUCAGAUGGUCAAAUUUGAUUUUCAACAAUUUGCUAGUACUCCCAUUACUUUGUCUAGUCAUAAAGAUUCAUCAAAUAUUGAGCAAUAUAAUUAUUUGCCUACUCACAGAUGCUUUCGUAUUCAUUCAGUACAAAAAGAUUCACCGGCUGAUCAAGUUGGACUACCUGUUGGAGCUUAUCUUUUAGGAAUUGGAAAUACUCCAUUGAAUUGUACAUUGACACUCAAAGAUGUUGUUGAGUGUAUGUCUAAAUCUGCAGAAAGUCAUCCAAAUAAAGCAUUAAUUUUAAAUAUUUGUUUGCCUGAUUCUAGUCGAGAAUUAAAAUCUUACAAUCUGUCAAGGCAAAUCUCAAAUGAAGAGUUAAACUCUUUAAGUUCAUCUGAUCUACAAAUUCAAACAAAAAACAGCACUACAUAUACAGGAAUCAACAACAAUCAUAAUGAUGAACACUUCUCCCAACAUAAUGAUUUUUCAUAUAAUUUACGUUCUGAUAAUUGUAUCAAUACUGUUACUACUACCAUAGCUAGGCACUCCAUAACAGAUUCCUGCAUUUCAUCCAAUAUUAAUAAUUCAUGCCUUCCUCAAACAGUUACGACUACUUCUGGCUCAGUGAUGUUAUGCGAAGAAUGUUGUAUUGAUGAAAGUAUUUUACAUAAUGAUAAUGAAAAUAAUAAUAAGAAGAAUGGAAAUGGAAGUAUAACUCGACGUACACGUAUAUUAACUUUAGCACCACCUAUAUUAAAUCUUAAAUGGGAAGAUGUAUGCUUAGAUGAAGCCAAUAGACAAUGGGCAAUUGAAGCAUUAAUUAUUAAGUUGAUAAAUAUAUCGAAUAAUUUAACUUAUGGAAUUAAUGCUUAUCGUACUGGUUUACAAAAAAUUGCUAAUUUACAUCCAAAUGAUUUAAAUUCAUUAUUUUAUAAUAUUGUUGAGAUCGCUUCUGAGACAUGUAAACUGAAACAAAAUCUACAGAAUGGUUGUCUUCCAUAUACUGUGUCAAAUCAUACAUCACCGCCAACAUCAAGUCCGUUUAUCAAAGCUGGUUCGUCACAAUCAGAGAGUUUUAAAAUAGAUUCAUAUACGAAACAUAAUAAUAAUAAUAUCACUGGUGGAGGACGUGGCUUACAUAAACGAUUUUCGUUUCUGUUUAAACUACGCAAAAGUUCGGUUAAUGGACAACAACCAUCUCCAAUCGAUCGAGAAAACAACAAACCAGCUAAUGACCAUGAUACUACUGACUUUAGAGCAUCAAUUAUAUCAGAGAAUUUUACUAAUAGUUUCGUAAGCGAACCACCUAAUUAUCAAAAUACAGUACAAGGAAAUCAGAUGAAGGAAUCAUUACAUAAUUUAUCGUCUUGUCGACCAAUUUCUCCACAUUCAUCAUCAUCGAUACCACCUAUACAUGGUCAUUUAGAUAAUCCUGGGACAAUUGUUGGAUUAACACUGAACAAUUUGUUGAAUCAAUGUGUAGAUUAUACAAAUGUUUAUCCAGAUCGUUUGAAAUAUUUUUAUGAAUUGAGAAAAGAAUAUCCACAUUUGAGAUUGUUUCUUAAGAACCAAGCUAUGGAACCAGGUGUCCCUAUCCUGUCAUUGUUUCUUACGCUACCAUCAGAGAUACCAAGAUGUUUAUUGAAUGGUUUGAAGAAUAUUGAAAAAUUUACAAGUGAUCAACAUAAAGAUCGGCCAGCUUUGGAAAAAUGUAUAAAAGUUUUAUCAGAUGCAUUAACUUGUCAAUCAUAUUCACAUACACCCAAAGAUGAUAAAUUGAUUGUCAAUAAUUUUGUUUUAAAUGAUAUGAGUCACUUAUCAAAUUCUCAAUCAUUAUCACAUACUUCAUCUACUUCAUGCAUUACUACUACUACUACUACUACCAAUAAUAAUACUAAUACUAAUAAUAAUGGUAAUAGUAAUAAUAAUAAUAGAUCAACAGUAUCAGCACUGUCAUAUGAAUGUGAAAAUUCUCCUGUAAAUCAUCAAGAAAAAUUCAAUGUUAAAGAAAACUUACAAUUAGCCAAAUUGAUGAAGUAUAUUUUACCACCUUUAUUCCCUUAUCCAAAUGAAUUAUUAACAUUUAAUCCAUCUGAAUGGUCAUCAAUUAAUCAUUAUAUUAUUUAUAAAAGUUAUCUCAUUUGUACAUUAUGCUCAAAACAAUAUCCAGAUUUAAUAGUAGAAGAUACAUCUUAUCGUGGUCCUGUUUUCGCGUAUUUAUUAAAUGAUGCCAUUCUGUUAGUUGUAUCUGAUAAAGAUGUUCUCGAUACUCGUCGACCAUCAUGUUUAGUCUAUAAACCAAUAACUUUCAAUUCAAUCAGCUUUCAAGAUUAUGACAUAUCAGCUUUAUCAUUUUUAUUAAUACUUACAAAUGGAACAACAUUAAAAUUUGAUUGUUCUACACUGGAAAUUAAACUUGUAUGGAAAACACUUAUUCAACAACAAAUCAUAAUCAAUAAUAAUGUGAGCAAUUAUUCUUAAAUAACUCAAAUGUAUUUUACCAAUAUAAAUAAAUUUUAUCAAUUGACCAAUUCAUGAAGUGACUAUCUCAUUGUUUGUUUGUUUAUUUUUUAUGCUUUGAAACUAUUCAAAAUGGUUUGAUCUUUUUUCUUUCUUUCUUCAAAGAAAUCUUCACUUAGUUAUAUUGAUAUUUUGUAAAAAAACUUUUUAUCCUUAAUCCGAUAUGGUGACAAAAUAUUGACAUUUGAUAAUCAAUCUUAUUGUUGUUGCUGAUGAUGAUGAUGAAGAUGAUGAUUAAAACAAUUUUUUAUUUCUUUGAAUUCCUUGAAUUUCUUAUUUGGAACCUUCUUGAAUGUAGUAUGUAUUCAAUUUGAAAAACAAAAACAAAGGAGGAACAUUGUAAUUUUAAUGUGAUUCUAUUUUUGCUUUUAAAUUCCGUUUUAAUAGUACCAGUUGUAUUUUUUUUAAAAAAAAUUCUAUCUCUAACAUACACUAACAAGUUAGUUGUUAGUAUAUGUGUAUUAUGUAAUCAGGAAUGUUAUAUUAUUAUGGUCAUUUAGUAGUAAUGUCAAUCUAUUUCAUUCCCCCGCCCACCUUAGAAUUCUAUUUAAAUAACUCAACAUGGUUUUCUGAUUUUAACCAUAAAGUAAACAAUUUUUAUGUAAUUUGUUUUUGGUGAACUUAGCGGUUUCUUAUUUAUUUUUAUAUAAAUUAAUCGUAUCAUGAUUUUAAAUAAUAAUUUAUUUGUAGGCCUUAUGAUAUUAUGGUAUCUUUGCUUCAAUACUGAAAGUCACAUUCAUUAAGUUGAUCGUGUUUUUCUUUUGUUUUUGUGGGAAAUAUGAAUAAUUUCGAC